UUCCAUGAUGACGAGGGCAUGUUGUGGACCAUAGCCGCGGCAUAUGCAAGAGCUGUUUGAGCUGUUUAUAAACUUUCUGCAAAGCCGAACCCAUUGGUUUUACCUUUCAUUCACUCAGUAACCUCCCUCUCUCUCUCUAUUAGAUAAACUUUCCAAGCGGUGGAAGAUCUGUAAGUAACUCCCCAGUCGGUAGACCCAGUUCUGUGCGGCUGUCAUAAACAGUAUCUUAAAUACACAUCCAACUCUCCAAGAAGUCUCAGUUCUUGUUUCUCUCACACUCAUCGAGGCAUCUCCAAAUUGGGCGGUAAAUUUUUGUAUUGGUCUUUCGCCAUUGAAGAAGCUCUUAGGAGUCUAUAAGAAAAUGAAACUCUUUUCCUCUCACAAAGUUUUGAAGAGAUGAAUCGCAAAGAAAGGACAACAAGGCUGCAGUCUAUUAGAGCAUCUGCAAAUCAUGAAAAAGUAAUCCCAGCUUUACCUCCAAGUCUAGUGCGUAGUUCUAUGGGAACGUGGAUAUGCAGGAGGCGAAGCAACAAGGUGCAGCGAAAGCAGCCACGAACGGGCGGGCUUCACGCAGACAGAGAAAAGUGGCUUUGCAACAAGACAUUGAGAAGUUGAAGAAGAAGCUGAGACAUGAAGAGAAUGUGGGUCGAGCUCUCAAGAGAGCUUUCACCAGACCUCUGGGAGCCUUACCCCGCCUCCUUCCUUCCCUUCCUCCCAAUAUGCUAGAACUUCUUGCCGAAGUGGCUGUUCUUGAAGAGGAGGUGGUGCGGCUUGAAGAACAGGUUGUGCAUUUCAGGCAGGAUUUGUAUCAGGAAGCUGUCAACAUUUCGUCCUCCACGAAGAACAUGGAGGCUUCCCCGAAGAACAAUUCUAAGCAAGUUCAGAAAAUUGAUUGUCUGGGAAAGGAAAAUGAAUCUCGAGUGAAUUUGAUGAGCAGCAACAAGAAGCCCCCUCUCCACAAAACCCAUGUGACAAAGACUCCAAUCAACACACCUUCAGUUCAUCACAAAUCAUCACAGAAACCAAAUUCUCCAGAAAAUACUGAAGCAAGACAACUACGUUCCCCGGAUAACAAGGUGUAUGGUGAUGAUAAUCCAAACACUAUUUCUGAAAAUAUUUUGAAAUGCUUAUCAACAAUUCUAUUGAGAUUGAGUUCAACCAAGAACAGAGGUGCUGCUGAAAAUUUGCAUCUCUUCUCAAUGGUAAGUACCAUUCAAAACGAAGAGACGGGUUGUCUUCACGACCCUUAUGAUAUAUGUUCAAAAUUUGGAAUGCGGGAUAUCGGUCCAUACAAGAACGUGUGCACGGUCGAAGCUAGUUCCAUCAAUACGAAACGGACAGCGAACUCUUCAUUUCUAUUUCAAAGAUUGAAACUCCUCAUGGGGAAACUUGCUUCUGUCAACUUGCAACAUCUUAUCCAUCAGGAGAAACUUGCUUUUUGGAUCAACAUCUAUAAUUCCUGCAUGAUAAAUGCAUUCUUAGAACAUGGAAUACCAGAGAGUCCCAAGAUGGUUGUUGCCUUAAUGCAGAAGGCAACAAUUAAUGUGAGCGGGCAGUUGCUAAAUGCUAUAACCAUAGAGCAUUUCAUCCUGAGACUGCCUUAUCAUUCACAAUACGCUUUCUCAAAGAGCGCAAAAUAUGACGAGAAGACGUUUAGAAGUACUUUCGGGUUGGAGUUAUCAGAACCAUUGGUUACGUUUGCUCUAUCAUGUGGAAGCUGGUCUUCCCCUGCUGUGAGAGUGUACACGGCAUCCCAGGUCGAAAACGAGCUAGAAGUAGCAAAAAGGGAGUAUUUAGAAGCUGCAGUUGGGAUUUCAUCAGAGAAAUUUGGAAUACCAAAGCUGUUGGAUUGGUAUUUGCUGGACUUUGGUAAAGACUUGGAGUCGUUGGUGGACUGGGUCUGCCUUCAACUACCAAGUGAAUUAGGAAAAGAAGCAAUUAAGUUGGUGGAGAGAAGAAGAAAGCAGCCUCUGUCGGAGUUUGUCAAAGUGAUACCUUAUGAGUUCAGUUUUAGAUAUCUUUUGUGCACAUAAUGAUCCAUAUUCCAUUGCUUUGGCAGCAAUGGUUAAGAUUUAGUUGUAGAACACUGUAUCAUAGCUAUCAAGAAUAUAGAUUUGAUGUACAAUACUUUGUACAUUCAGCAGCUUUGCAGGGUGAGGAA